CACAGUAAUUCCCAGAAGCAGACUUGGGUGAAAGUGGCGUCUGGAAGCUGCUGGGGUGAAAUUGACUGGUGGGAUUGGACACACGUGCCUCCUGACUCCAACCCCGAGCAAAUUUUUUUUUGUUUUUCUGGGGGGUGGGAUCGCUUUUUGCAUCUGAUCCCUGGGCGCUCAGAUCAAGGUAAAACUUCGCUGCCCAGUCCAUCAUGUUGGCAAAGCCCCUGGUCCUUUUGCUGAGCGUCCUGUCGUGUUUACCUGCCCACUCUGGGUCCUGCCCGAGUCGCUGCCUCUGCUUUCGGACGACUGUGAGAUGUAUGCACUUGAUGUUGGAAAACAUCCCCGAAGUCACUGCACAGACAACUAUCCUGGAUCUACGAUUCAAUCGCAUUAAGGAAAUCCGGCCAGGAGCCUUUAAGAGACUAAGGAAUCUGAACACACUGCUCCUCAACAAUAACCAGAUUAAAAGGAUUCCUCGGCGGGUGUUUGAGGAUCUAGAAAACCUGAAAUAUCUGUACCUUUACAAGAAUGAAAUUCAAACAAUUCAGAAACAAGUUUUUAGGGGGUUGGUUUCUUUGGAACAACUGUAUCUUCACUUCAAUAAUAUAGAAAUACUAGAGUCAGAAACAUUUAGUGACCUUCCGAAACUUGAAAGAUUAUUCUUACAUAACAAUCGGCUAUCAAGAAUACAUCCCGGGACUUUUUAUCAGCUCGAAUCACUGAAAAGACUUCGCUUGGAUUCCAAUACACUGAUCUGCGAUUGCGAGUUGAUGUGGUUGGCAGAACUGCUGAAGAAAUACGCUGAACAUGGCAAUGCCCAAACAGCUGCCACCUGUGAACAUCCCAGAAGACUUCAGGGACGGUCGGUUACCACAGUAACAGCACAGGAGUUUAAUUGUGAAAGGCCUCGUAUUACUUCUGAGCCGCAGGAUGUCGAUGUCACUCUGGGAAACACAGUUUAUUUCACCUGCCGGGCAGAGGGCAACCCCAAACCCAACAUCAUCUGGCUGCACAACAACAAUGAAAUAGACAUGACGGAUAACAACCGUGUGAAUCUGCUGGAAGACGGGACACUCAUGAUUCAGGACAUAAAGGAGUCCGACCAGGGUGCCUACCAGUGCAUGGCCAAAAAUGUGGCUGGAGAGGUCAAGACCAAUGAAGUUAUUCUCCGCUAUUUUGGGACACCAGCAAAACCUAUUUUUGUCAUUCAGCCACAGAACACAGAGGUAUUGGUAGGGGAGAGUGUUACACUUGAAUGCGGUGUUUCAGGACAUCCACAACCUCGGAUAAUCUGGACUAAGGGGAAUGGAAACCUACUCCCUGAUGACCCCAGGUACACCAUCACUCCUUCAGGUGGCCUCUACAUGCAGAAUGUCACCUUUGAGGAUCAGGGGCAAUACAACUGUAAUGCGAGCAACACUGAAGGCUCCAUCCAGGCCGUAGCCCACAUCAUUGUACAAGAUGGUCCCAAGUUUUCUCUGGUUCCCAGUAAUCAGAUGGUGGUGGAAGGAAACGCUGUCGAGUUUUACUGUGGUGCAGAGGGAACCCCGGCACCAGUUAUCGCUUGGACAAAAGCAGGUGGUCAGCUCCCCAAUGACCGAAGACAUACUGUUUUAUCGAGUGGUACCCUGCGAAUAGUGAGGGUGGCUGCCCAUGAUCAGGGCCAGUAUGAAUGCCAUGCCAUUAGUGUGGUGGGGGCAAGACAUGUGCCAGUGCAACUAACAGUUCAGCCUCUAGUGACACCUAUGUUCAUUCACACACCUCAUGACACAACAAGAGAAACGGGUCAGGAUGUGGAAAUCCAGUGCUCCGCACAUGGAGAACCUCAGCCCAUCAUCACAUGGACCAAGGAUCGGGUGCAGAUCACUGACAGUGGAAAAUUCUUCGUCAAUCCAGAGGGAACUCUGACCAUUCGAGAUGUUGGAGAGGCUGAUCAAGGCCGAUAUGAAUGCAUUGCCCGUAACGCAUUUGGUUUUGUCUCCAGUAACAUGCUAUUGACCAUCACUGCCCUAGAAGGUGACAGAACUGGUGACAGUUUUGUUGAGGAGUCUCUCCAGGAAGCCAUUCACAGCAUCGACAGCGCAAUUAAUUCAACACGAAGAGAUUUGUUUGACAAGCGACCCCGUACCCCAAACGACCUCUUAGCCCUCUUCCGUUACCCCCGUGACCCUUACACUGUGGAGGCAGCAAGAGCUGGUGAGAUCUUCGAGAGGACACUACUGCUUAUCCAGGAACAUGUCCAGCAAGGCCUAACCGUGAACCUUAAUAACACAAGUUAUCGUUAUAAUGAUCUUGUCUCUCCGCGGUACCUUAACAUGAUCGCGAACAUUUCUGGCUGCACUGCUCACAGGCGUUCCCCCGACUGCCUAGACAUUUGCUUUCACCAGAAGUACAGGACGCACGAUAGCACCUGUAACAACCUGCAGCACCCGAUGUGGGGAGCGUCGCUUACUGCUUUCGAACGACUUCUGAAGCCAGUGUACGAAAAUGGAUUCAAUCUUCCCAGAGGCUCCAACCUAAACCAAGAGUACAGCAGCCACCCUCUUCCUCUACCUCGCCUGGUCUCUACGGCAAUGAUCGGGACUGAGACCAUCACACCCGACGACCAAUACACACAUCUGUUGAUGCAGUGGGGACAAUUUCUAGAUCAUGAUUUGGAUCUGACCGUGGCUGCGCUUAGUAUGUCUCGCUUUUCCGAUGGAGAGCCCUGUAACAGGUUCUGUACCAACGACCCUCCGUGCUUUCCGAUUCUCAUCCCAGAUACCGAUCCCCGGGUCCAGAACGGCCGGUGUAUGUUCUUUGUGCGCUCCAGCCCAGUGUGUGGCAGUGGUAUGACCUCCCUCUUAAUGAACUCUGUGUAUCCCAGGGAACAGAUUAAUCACUUGACAUCCUACAUCGAUGCUUCCAACGUGUACGGGAGUACAGAACAUGAAUCCCAGGAAUUAAGGGACCUAACCAAUCAACGUGGGCUGUUAAAGGCGGGCCAGAUUGUGCCUAAGUCUGGCAAACAUCUGUUGCCCUUUGCUACAGGGCCCCCAACGGAAUGUAUGAGGGAUACAAACCAAAGCUCUAUUCCCUGCUUCCACGCGGGUGACCAUAGGGCCAAUGAGCACAUUGCUCUGACCGCAGUACACACUCUGUGGUUCCGUGAACACAACCAUGUGGCCACAGAGCUUCUGAAACUCAAUCCACAUUGGGAUGGAGAUACCAUCUAUCACGAAGCCCGCAAAAUCGUUGGCGCACAGAUGCAACACAUAACGUACAACGAUUGGCUGUCGAAAAUCCUGGGGGGCGUGGGUAUGAAAGUACUCGGCGACUAUAAAGGCUACAAUCCCAACCUCAACGCCGGGAUCGUCAACGCUUUUGCCACCGCAGCCUUUCGCUUUGGUCACACGCUGAUCAAUCCCGUUCUUUACCGACUGAACGAAUCGUUCCGGGCGAUAUCGGAGGGCCACAUUCCGUUGCACAAGGCCUUCUUCUCCCCAUUCCGGAUCAUCCAAGAGGGCGGGAUCGAUCCUCUUCUCCGAGGUUUGUUCGCCGUGCCGGGGAAGAUGAGGGUCCCGAGUGAACUCCUGAACCUGGAGCUGACGGAGAAGUUGUUUUCCAUGGUGCACGCUGUCUCCCUGGACCUGGCGGCAAUGAAUAUCCAGAGGGGACGUGAUCACGGAAUUCCUCCGUACAACGACUACAGAGUCUUCUGCAAUCUCACGUUCGCUCAGGAUUUUGAAGAUUUGAAGAAUGAGAUCAAGGACCCAGAGAUUCGAGAGAAGCUAAAGAGGUUAUAUGGCACUCCGCGGAAUAUAGACCUAUGGCCUGCAUUGAUGGUAGAAGAUAUAAUACCUGGCACAAGAGUGGGUCCUACACUCCUAUGUCUACUUGCCACUCAGUUCCGUAGACUAAGGGAUGGAGACAGGUUCUGGUAUGAAAACGCCGGAGUUUUCACCCCGGCCCAGGUAACCCAAAUCAAGCAAGCUUCACUAGCACGUGUUCUCUGCGACAAUGGAGACAAUAUCCAGCAGGUUCAGCCGGAUGUCUUCAGGGUGGCAAAUUAUCCCCAAGGCUUUGUAAACUGCAAGGAAAUUGCACGGCUAGACCUGCGGAUGUGGCAGGAUUGCUGCGAAGACUGCACUACUCGUGGACGGUUCAACACUCUGUCACAGAAUUUCCGCAGCAAACGUUCGGAAGAGUUCAGUUUUCCCGAAGCAAAUCCUACACAACACAAAUCGGCGACGAGACCAAGUGAGAGAGGACUGGGAGUUCAGGAAACAGUUUCCAACACCUCUUCUACCCCAUUGUAUAAUUGCGGAGCUGAACUGGAAAUGCUAAGAAAAAAGAUAGAGAAACUUGAAGCUCACUUGAAAUUAACGGGCUGCUUUGACAAGGACGGGAAUGUAAGAAGUGAAGGUGAACGUUGGCAGAACAAUCCCUGUACAGCCUGCCACUGUAAGGAGUCACGGACCAUAUGUGUGCAGACAACCUGUCCUCGGAACUGCAGAAACCCAAUGAAGCAGCAAGGAAAAUGUUGUCCUGUUUGUGAGGUGUGACGCCAAGACAGGCCAGUAAAAUGCUCAUAAUUCAGAUCAAUAGAUCAGUUCUCUCUAUUGUUAUCCAGGCACUGAAUACAUCUGUGAUUGUUUUUAAACCAGUCUGUAAUUCUGUAACACUCCCAUCUCUUCCUGAUAUCUUGAAGCAGAAUCAACAGGGGCACAUUGACUGCUGAGAUGAAGUUCUCCCAACGCAACCAUUUCUGAUGUGCGCAAACCGUUAGUUACAAUGUGCACUGGUUUACUGAAAUAUCUUUGAUGACUAUCUUACAGUGAUGAUGGUAUAGAUAAGGGAGAAAGAAAUGUAUCAACUAUGAACUUAUUGACUUUGUAUGCAAAGAUGUUCCGUAGUUACCUCAAUACCAGUGGUUUCUCAUCCUUAUGGUGCUAAAUAUUUAGUGUUUAUUUUUUACAAGUACACGAAAAGGCAUUACAUUUUAAAUUUUAUACAUUGCAACAAAAGAAGUGUUUGUUUUUGAUGUGUUGGAGCUGUUACUUUUUAUACACUGUUAUAUUCUGUUUAGCCCUGAAUGAAGUUUCACUGAAUUAUACCGUUACAAGAUACUACUUGUCACACCGGGGUCCAAGUAAGUAUUGAUUCCACUUUCUCCCAUGAUAUUUUCAGAGGAUAUCGGUCUCUAUUUGAAUCUGCCUACUCCAUUAAAAAAAAGUUAUUGAAUGAUCUACUUUGAUACAUCUUAUGCAUCAUAUUGAAUACCUUUGGUGAUACAAGAUGACGAGUAUCAAUCGUCAAAUCACAUGAUCUGCUGUAUAAAUACUAAUGCAAAACUAUUUUACCUGAGUUGUAUAUAUGGUUCAUACCUGUUUUCACUGCUCAUCAAGUGUAAUGUCACUUGCGUGUGUGAAGUGAGGCCUGCUAUUUGAUGCUGUAUGUACUCUACCAGUCUCAACAAACUUCAAUAAAUACACAUGUAUUUU